GAACGUACAAUUUUUUUCCCUGUCGCCAGAGUGUUGUUUUUUGUAGUUCGUUUUAUUUCGUUUUUUCGUUUGACAUUCCAACACUUUUGUGUGGUCUUUCAAUUUUAAAAGUCAGACUACAUUUAAAUGCUAAAUUAUUAAUUUUUAUUAAAAUUGUCUGGCGCAAUUUUCAAUUGAGCAGAGAGCUGAGCCCAAUCGAGAAAUAUCGGAGAAUAAUUAUUUAAUAAUAAGUGCUGUGUGAGUGUGUUCAGUUCCAACAUAAACUCGAAUACGAUUUAGUUGAAAAAUAAAAUGGAAUCAGCAUUUGGAUUUCAGUGGUGACCAAAGAAACAUUUACAUUCGAACACAAAAAGUGAAACAGAAACCGUUUUUUAAGAGAAUUUUCAAGCAAGAAAGCGACAACGGUGAUUGUGUUAAUGGUGGAUCAAAAUUAUAAGCCAAUUGGUCAAGAGACAAGUAGUUGCAUGUUAAGUUCCGUAAUCUUGAAACAUACGCCAAUUCCCACAUAGCCUGGCCACCGUACAAUAUUGAGUGUGUGUCAAAUUUGUUUCGUUUCUAUUUUCGUUGAAUACUAUCUCUUUGUUGGUUAGUAAUUUUAUUUCAUCUUUUAUGUUGCGGGUUUUUACAUUUGAUUGACGUUCGUUUUACUUGAAAAUCCGUCUGAAGUGAAUUGAAAACGUAGCAGCACAACGAGUUUGAAAGAAAUCGAACAAUAAGGAAAUAUAAUUGCACGAAGAUAUACUCAACAUCGAGGUUUUUAUGUGUAUAUAUUGAAAAAGGUAAAACAAGACAAUUCCAUUGAAUCAGCGCUUAGAUCAAUUCUUCGUCGUUGUUGUCGUCAUUUUUUUCGUUCUUUCUUUCGUGUUCUGGUGUUUUUGUGUGUGAAAAAUUGCGUACAUACAUAAAAAUGAAACGACCCAAAUGGCAGCAAACGUCACUGGUUUUCGAAGACCAAUAUAGAUGAUUUAAAAGUGUGCGUGUGAAAAACAACAAAUGAAUAAACAAAAACCACUGCUUACAGAUGGUUUUGAAAAAACAUAAUCUACUUUAUGUGAUAUUUUCUAUUGGAGUACGUUUUUUUUUGUCUUAACUGUCUUAAAGAUUAUGAAGUGUAGCUCAUUUUGUUGCUUUCAAUUCUCACGAAGUGCUAAAUGAUAUGGCUCUUGAAUGUGUGUGUGUGUGUGCUGGAAUGAUAUCUCAUACACACGCUCAUUAUGGUUUUCAUUGCUGCUGUUGUCGCCAUUGUUGUUGUUGUUGUCGUCGCCGUCAUUUAAUGGAUUUUGUGAAUGUCUUCUUUCACUGACGAAUUCAAACAAAAUGUGUAGAAUGACCAUGACAUUAUUAGCUCAUGAGCGACCAGUUUUGCCGAAGAGAAAAAAAAUAACGACGAAAGACACCUUUCGAACCAUAUUGAUGCUGAGCCUCAUAAUAAUCAGGAUAAUUUAAUGCAGCCAUUCCAUCGAUAUGGUGCGUUUGAACCGUGCAAAAUCAAAAGUAUACCAUGUAAAAAAUUCAUUUCCGUAAGCGUUUCGGCCAAUUAUGCCAUCAAAUCAUAAUACAAACAUUCAACCGCAAACCAUAUUAUGGAUAUGCUAAAUCAAUAACUCCUUCAUCGAACAAUGGCACUACAUCGAAACAGUCUCUUCCUCUCAAUCUCCACCCUUGCCAUAGCAGAAUGAACAAAAAAAUAGAAACGCUUAUUGCGGCGAAAAAUGUAUACGCCAUCAUCAUUGAUUGGCGUACAUCUUUAAUCAAAAAUCAUGAAAUGGUAACGAACCAUAGCCGACGCACUGUGACACAAAAUAUCAUCCUGCGUGCCACAACCAUAGCUUGCACAUAUAGAUUUUUUUGUGUAACUGUUACUGUUGUUGGUUUGCUUCAUGUAGGUGGUUAGACUUUCCAUAUUUUCCGCCUUUGUACGCUUCAUUCAAAUACACACCAUAUGGAAAUAUUGCGCGCCGUACACAAAUACACCGACCGUCGUGCGUUUGUACACACGAAAUUGCUUUUUAGCUGAAAUUAAUGCCAUUCAUUUAAUUAGAUUUUACAAACCAACCAAAAACAUCGCGGAAAACGUGAUCUUCAUUUGGCCAUCAUUUGCAUUUUAUUUAUAUCUCAAAGUAAAUCUAUUAUUACAAACGGUACAAUACUAAGCCAAACUGUGUUGACACCACACAAUAAAACCACUUGAAUCGAGUGAGAGUAUUUGGAUUUGCUUAGAGAAAGGCGUGAAAUGAUGUCUGGACCAUCUCCAGAUGCAUUAAAUUUUACAUCAACGACCACCACAACCACCGCACCAACACAAUCAAUGGCCAGUGUGACGACUGAACUUUCACAUUCAGCCGCACUGGCGAUCGGCGAUCCCCUCAGCCAUGUCGGCGAUGGUAUAUUCCUUCAAACAAAAACCGCCCAAGGUCUUGCUGGCAUAUGCGUAUGGAUCGCAUUGUUCCUGACAUGUUCGCAGAUUUAUCAACACUUGAGAUGGUAUACAAAUCCACAAGAACAACGUUGGAUCGUACGGAUAUUGUUCAUUGUGCCGAUUUAUGCGACAUAUUCAUGGAUCAGUCUAUUAUUUUUCAAUUCGGAAAGUGUAUACAUUUACUUUUUCACAGUUCGUGAUUGUUAUGAAGCUUUCGUGAUAUAUAACUUUUUAUCUCUCUGUUAUGAGUAUUUGGGCGGCGAAGGGAAUAUUAUGUCCGAAAUUCGUGGUAAACCAAUAAAAUCAUCGUGUCUAUAUGGAACAUGUUGCUUAGCAGGCAAAACGUACACGAUCGGAUUUUUACGAUUUUGCAAACAGGCCACAUUGCAGUUUUGCUUAGUCAAACCCUUGGUCGCAUUCAUCAUCAUAUUCCUUCAAGCAUUCGAUCACUAUCAUGAUGGCGACUGGAGCGUGAACGGUGGUUACAUCUACAUCACGAUGCUGUAUAAUAUAUCUGUAUCGUUAGCUUUGUACGGCCUCUACCUAUUUUAUUUUGCUACCAGAGAUUUAUUGACGCCAUUCGAGCCAGUACUUAAAUUCUGUACCAUAAAAUCGGUGAUAUUUUUAUCGUUUUGGCAAGGUGUUGGUUUAGCUAUUUUGGAAAAGGCUGGAGCCAUUUCGGCCGUCGUUGACAGUGAUGGUGCGACCACAUCCGCUGGUACAGUGUCAGCUGGCUAUCAAAACUUUUUCAUCUGUGUGGAAAUGCUUUUCGCAGCGAUCGCAUUGCGUUAUGCAUUCCCGUAUCAGGUUUACGCACAGGGCGGUAUGACUGAUGUGCACGGUCGUUCGGUCACAAUGCAAUCCAUUUCCAGUAGCCUAAAGGAAACAAUGAAUCCGAAAGACAUCAUGACAGAUGCAAUUCACAAUUUCCAUCCACAGUAUCAACAAUACACUCAAUACAGUUCUGCUGUAAAAUGGCCUGCAUAAAAAAAUACUGAGAAUAAACUGUUGAUUUUUUCUUUCUUUUGCAAAUACCAAGAAAAAAAAAACAAAGUAAACCCUCCUUCUUGGGUUUUUCUUUUCAAAAUGAUUUUUUGCCUUUGAUCUUUUAAUUUCCCACACACAAACGCAAUUUAAGAUAUAUGAAUUAGUUCGUACUUGGUUUGGCAAUCAACUAAAAUUCAAACAAAAACUUACUUUUAAUAACUAGUGAUAACCUUUGGGUUUUAUGUGUGACACUGCUUUUGAAUUUGCAGCAAUGAAACAAAAAUUUCAAUUAAAAAAAAGAGCAUUUUAUGGGUUAUAUGCUGAGUGCAAUUAAGAAAUUUUCUUCUACAGCAGUUAAGCACACAAACACACAAUCAUAGUAUAUUUAAUUUACGUAAAUAAAAAAUCAGAACCGAUUUUGUUGCCUUUAGAAUUAAAUAACAAGUGGUGGACAUGUUUCCCUAUAAAUCCCCAUCUAUUAUUUUGAUGUAAGCUAUUGGUAAAAAAAAUACCAUUUAACAAUACUUCAAUCGGUUGUGGGUGUUUAUUUGUUUCCCUAAAUUUCUUUAGUUACAUAAGUUUUUCUAGCAGAUUUGCAGUUACUAUUUUUUCUGUUUUGUUUUUUUUUUUCUAUUUGGAACAAGAAGAAAUCUAAAGUUGUUUGUGGCAAAAAAAAAAAUCCCAAUUUUUGCUCCACCAAAAUUAUUGAAUUUUCUUUGUGAUUUUUCGUUUGAUUUCUCUUUUUUGUUUAUUCCCUACAGAAGUGACAUCGUCUCAACAGUAUGAGAAGCUCUAAACUAAAAAAAAAGAAACCUUACGAUUAUUCUCCCUUUUUUUUAAUAAAUAAAUAGACAUACUAUAGAGUUUUAUUUAUUUAAUUUUUUUCAAUGUAACGUUAAUUUAUGAAGAAAAAAAAUGAACAGAAAUGAUACGAAAAAUAUGCUGAUGUUUAGAUUUAGAGCGCUGGUUCAAUCAAAAUGGUAUUUGAUAUGAUAUUUCACGAUGGAUUCAUCCCUUUCAAAUCAUUUCUCUUUUUUCGUUUGCUCAUUCAUUAAAAUUUUUCGAAUAUUCAAUUAAAAUGUGAGAUGAACAAAAUCAUGAAAAAGAGAAAAAAAAAUCGAAAAUUGAUCACCGAUCUUUUUUUUUUGUUACUGUUUUUAAAUUAAUAUGUCUGAAAACAAUAUACGAUGUUGUCGGACCGAUCGCUUUCCUUUUUUUUGGUUCCAUUGUCGUUAUAAGAUAUAAAAUGUAUAUGUGUAUUUUUUGUACUUAAAAUUAAUUGCUACCCUGACACAAAUGAACGCGUGGGAGAAUUUUCUACGCAUCUUUUUCCUUCCCAUUUGAUUCAUGAUUUUCUCGUUGUUGUUCUUUUUUUUAUCCAAUCUUUGCUAAGCUAAAUUCAACAAAAAAAAAAUCGUAUAAAUUUCAAAAGUUUUUCCGUAAAUUUCCCAUUUAUGCAUUAAACAAGAUGACAACAAUAGUAAACGUUAGUAGUUUGAAUAGAAAUUGUAAUGAAUCACAUUUGUGAUUAAAGUUUCAGUAUCGAAACGAAUCCGUAUGAAAGAAAAGUUACGAUUCAUGUGUCUUGUAUGUUUUUCUCUUCGAUCUAUCUGUAGAUGUAACGCAUUUGAUUUUUCCGAUAAACACAAACCCACUUUUUGAAUUUUUCGAUGUACAUCUCUCGACGAUAUUGGAAACAUUUCAAGAUAGAACAGAGAUUAGAGAAAGAUCGGCCGGGAAUGAGUAGCGCCAAAAUGAAACUGCUUUGCAAUAGAAUGAACCCAUUUCAAAUACAUACAUAUGGGGGGGGGGGGGGGGUGGUUGCGAAAAGUAACAAAAUAUUUAGGAAGUGAAUAAUAAGAUAACUAGAGAGAAAUUGAAAUAAUAUUGAUAAUUUGACACUGCACCGAAAAUUUAACUUUAGAAUUUAAAACAAACCAGUACUAGGUAUUAUGAAAUCGAUAUUAUGUUCUAAGUAACAAAGAAGAAGAUGAAAACUGAAACAUUCCCUCCUCCACAAAGAUAAAUAGAUAUGGAAGCGUCAAGAAAAACGUGAACAAA